ACGUGGCCUGACGCAGGCCCUUGAGCAAGCUUUGACGUCUGCGCCGCGCCAUCUUUAGAAAAGAGUCUGAAUGAAACUUAAAAUUCGUCUUUUUGCAAGAGCUGGUAUCUGAAUGGAGUGAUAUUCUAGGUUUUCCAGGUAUUUUGAAUAACCAUGGGGAUCAAAGUUCGCCCUCGCUGCUUCCUUGACAUUGGGAUUGGAAAUGUUCUCGUUGGCAGAGUAGUGGUGGAGCUGUUUGCUGACGUCUGCCCCAAAACAUGUGAAAACUUCAGGUGCCUCUGCACAGGUGAGAAAGGCGUUGGUAAAGGAACUCAGAAACCCCUGCACUACAAAGGAUGCCUCUUUCACCGAAUCGUAAAGGAAUUCAUGAUUCAAGGAGGAGACUUCAGUGAAGGAAAUGGAAGAGGAGGCGAGUCCAUCUACGGAGGUUUUUUUGAAGAUGAAAGCUUUGCUAUGAAACACAACAAGGACUACCUUCUAUCUAUGGCCAAUAGGGGCAAAGAUACAAAUGGAUCACAGUUUUUCAUAACAACUAAACCUGCACCGCAUUUGGACGGUGUCCACGUUGUUUUUGGUCAUGUGAUCUCCGGACAAGAGGUUGUUCGAACCAUGGAGAGCCAAAAAACGGACCCGAAUAGCAAACCGUAUGCUGAAGUAAAAGUUCUAAACUGCGGAGAGCUUGUCCCUAAAUCUAAAGCAAAGAAAGAUGAAAAAAAGAAGGAAAAGGUCUCCAGUUCCAGCAGCAGCUCCAGUGACUCCGAGAGCUCCUCAAAGUCAUCCUCUGAUUCUGAAGAAUCUGAAAAAGAGUCCAAGAAGCGUAAAAAGAAGGCAAAAAAACUAAAAAAGAAACAGAAAAAGAAGGAUAAGAAAAGACCAGAACCCGAGAGCACCGAAGAGAAGGAACAAGAAGAACUGGUUACGUCCACCGUACGUCCAGAAGAAAUACCUCCCAUUCCUGAAAAUCGAUUCCUCAUGAGGAUAAGUCCUCAGACAACCCAGAAAUCCAAUGACGAAGUUGAAAAGGACCGGAAAAAGAAAGAUGACAGAUCAAGAGAGAAUACUGGGAUGAACUAUAAUUCUCAUUUAGCAUAUAACAGACGACCAUUAGUGACUACUCGAUCUGGCAGAAAGAUAAAAGGCAGGGGACCAAGGAGAUACCGUACUCCGUCGCGCUCACGUUCACGCUCAAGGUCUCGAGACCGGUUUUGGCGCAGCGAAACUCCUCCACACUGGCGUCAGGAGAUGCAGCGUCAGAGGAUGAGGGCGGUUACAGGAGAGCGCUGGAUUAAGGGAGACAAAGGGGACAUGGAACAGACCAAGGUUGAUGAAGAUAAAGCUCCAAGGAGAGAGAGAAGGACCUCCAACACAAAGCAUGAUGAACACGCAGCUGAGGAUAAAAAAGACAAGAAAACUCGGUCUCAUAGAUCUAAAAGCAAAGAAAAUGACACUGCAGAAAAAGAUGAGAAGCAUAGCAAGCACAAGGCAAAGAAAAAGGAUAAAUCUCAUAGUCGCAGUAAGAGCAGAGAAAAGAGUAAAAGGUCGAAAAGCCGAGAUAAGUCAUCCAAACACAGAAGUGAGGACCGACGAGGUCGCUCAAGAAGCAAUGAAAGAAAUGUUAAUAAGAAGGAAAAGGAUCCAGAGCCAGAUCAAGGCAAAGAUAGAAAUAAGGAUCAUGAUUCUGAUAAAAAGCAGAAAGAAGACUCAAAAGGAAAAGAUGAGGGAAUGGUGACAAAAUCACACAGCAAAGAAAGAGCUUCUGCAAAAGAUGAGGACAGUUCCAGAGGCAGGGACAAAGGUGGACGUCCGCCGUCUAAAGAGAAGGAAGAAAAGAAAGAAAAAGACAAAGAGAGGGAUAGAGAACGCAGCAGAAGCAAAGAACGACGGCACAACAGGGAGAGGGAGACUAAGAGACGAGGAACAUCCAGGGAUAAAGACCGUCAGUCGCGAAGCCGAGACAGAAGUAGGAAUAGAGACUCGCACAGAGGCAGGCGUUCCCGGAGCAAGAGUCGUAGUAGGAGAGACCACAGCAAAGGCAGGUCCUCUCACAGGAGAGACAGAGAGGCCGGUGGCCGCCGCCGACGCAGCAGUAGCAGCAGCAGCAGCUCGGAUAGCGAUAGAGCAAGAAAAAGGAAGAGUCAGAGGAGCCCUCGUUCUAAAAGAAGAAGCAGGAGUGUGUCCAAAUCCAAAGACAGGACAAGCCCAGUCAGACCAGACAGUACGAAGAAUAAAAGUAAAAAAGACAGCAGAAAGAAUCAUUCAAGCUCCAGUUCCAGCUCUGACAGUGACUGAGCUUUCACUCUUUCUUUCUCUCUAUCUUUCUCUCCCUCUUUUUCUUUCAAAUAAACCCACCGUACAUGUAAUAUGCAACACCAGCUUUCCAUGUACAGGGAGGGUUAUUCCCGGAAUCAGUUCUUCCCAAGCCAACAUGAGUGUAGGAGUUUGUCAAACUGUUAAACACGUGGUUUACAGAUGAUACAUUAUAACAGAUGGGUGUCAUAGUGAGAUGGAGGGGGCAAAAAAAAACAACCUGCAGGUUCAAACUGUGGCACCAUGCAAGCUUUAGCUGAACUGAGUCGUUUGUGGAUCGAGAUUUUGCUAAUUUUACGUGUGAAAACUGUUAAGAGAAAUGUAUCUGUAACUGACCUAUGAUGUGACCUGUACCGGAAAGACCUUACUGUUCUUUUAAACUUAUCUAAAAAUGGGGAGUCACAUUGGAAGCGGUUGUUUUAUUUUCCCUUUCUUUUAAGUGUUUGAAUUGUUUGAUAUAUUUUUUGGGGGGACUAAACAGAAGUCCAUAUAUGUUUUUUUUUUUUUUUUUUUUUAAAGGGUACACAAAAAACAUUUUACAGAGACUCCCACCCACCUCGAGUUAUUUUUACUGAUCCUGGAAGAGAAUAUUCAUACUGUGAUGCAUGCUGUCCCUGUGAAUGUUUGAUCAAAAUAUGUAUAUCCUUUUUGUUUUGUUUUUUUUCUUUUCCACAAACAAACAUGGAGUGUAAUCCCGUUUGUUAAUCAGUUUAGUUUUGAAAGGCGGUUUUAAUGUUGUGUUGUAAGUGCGAAACACAAAGUUUAUAUAAACUCUGUUUUGUACAAGUUGGUCAUAAGAAAUCUGCUGGAGUGAAGACUGAAAUAAAAUGCUCAGUUUGAGUUGUAAUAGUUUUUAA